UUCUGUGCCACGAGCCGCGGCGUUAAAUAGCCUUCUCCGAGCUUUCGCACUCAAUUGCAGAGCGGUCGCUUCGCUAAACGUUCGCGUGUCGUUUUUAUCCGCGUUUCCUUCGAAUACAAUGGCAUCAACAAUCCACUGGAUCCCAACAACUUCAGACGAUACAUCACACCUAGCUUCUAUCGCAGUGGUGGGCGGGGAAGAGAACUACUGCAACGACAAACAGGCCCUGUGGGUGAUAAGGGCGCAGUACGAAGGAGAUCUAAUCCCAGGCGUACUGGAUACCAAACGCGAUACCGCUUACGUCCCUUGGAAUGGCGAAGCGCAUGCAGUGAAAGACAUUGAGGUCUGCUGCGCUUCUCAUGAUGAGAUUCAAUGGAUUCCAGCGGGGGACGGCGAAGUGCCCCCCCUGGCUGUACCUGGUGGGAAGACGGCAUCAGGGGAGACGCUGUACAUCGGCAGAGCAUGGGAACAAAACUCUCUGAUACCUGGGAAGAUUCAGCCGAGCCUUGGACACUUGUACCUGCCGUUUAAAGGUAAAGAAGUUGCAAAGAAAUACUACGAAGUACUGUGCACCGUUCAUUAAUUUGUACACUUUUAAAGUUGUAAUGCAAGUGUUUAUAUUCAUUUUUUUUUAUGAAAAAAAGCAAAACUUGUAGUUCGCUAAGCUUAAUAUAACAAUUUUUAUAAAUGACAUGUUUUAGAAAUUUUACCACAAAUAUUCUUUUUAACUGUUGAAAAAUCUUUGAAAGGACACGUCAUAACUACUUGCAUUUUUAAUCUUUACUUAUAAUUUUAUAACGAGUUUGAAAUAUUUUUUUUAUUAUUAUGAAAGCACUUGCUGUAUUGUAUGUAGUUCCAGAUUAUAAAAUCAUUGUCUUGUUGACACAUAGAUACAUUACUAAAGUCAGCGGUAAUACAGUGGAGCGCUACCGUAAAUAAGAUAAUUAAUGUUCUUAAAUCACACAAAAGCCUUCAUAACAUUUCUAAGAUGUUAUGUUUAGUUAAAAUAAAAUUAAUUGCUUCGAAGUUUGUAUUUUCCCGACCAUCUGUUCUUUGAAACGUUGUUUAUGACUUGUCCAUCUCAGUUCCUAGAACAAAUACACACAUUGUCAUAGUUAUAAGAAUGUCAUUUAUAUUUGCUUGUACCAUUUGAGGUGCGCUUUAAUUGAAUAAAAAUAUAACUUUUGCAUCGCCCAAA